CGCGCCGCCCUCGCCCCGCCCCUGCGCCCCCGCCCCCAGGUGGCCGCGCCGCGGGGCCGGGGACAGAGGCGGACGCUGCCGCGGGCCGCGCCGGAAGCCGAGCCCGGCUGCGUCCGGGGAUGGCGCGCCAGGUGCCCAUCGCCUUCGGGGACCUGGCCGUGCGCUUCUCCCCCGACGAGUGGCGGCUCCUGGGCGAGGGCCAGCGGGAGCUGUACCGGGACGUGAUGCGUGAGAACUACGAGACGCUGGUCUCUCUGGGGACGUCCGAGCGGCUCCCUCUCUCUGCCUUCCUGUCCCCCACGGAGCCCAGAGGAGUCCAGGGCGCCCGCACCCGCCUGGACAAUGGGCAGGUACCGCCCGGAGGCGCCGCCCGGCACAGCCUGCCCCUCAGCGCCCUGGUGCAGCUGGUGAGGGAGAUCCCGGAGUUCCUGUUCGGAGGCGCAAGCCCCGAGGGCGGGGAACAGGCCAGCCCCGAGGCGGCCGAGAUGGCCGAGGGGACCGUGAGGACUGCGGGGACGGGCCUCCCGCCCGGCUGCCUCCCGGACGCCUUCGAGGGUCGCCCCAGCCUGACCGCCACGCCCAGCGGCAGCUCCUCAUCCAGCGACCUGCCUGGAGCUGGGGGCCAGGGGAGCCCCCGCCCCCUCAAGACCGGGGAUGCGGCAUGUCCACGCGACAGGGACGGUGCAGAGGUGCCGCCCAGGGAGCCUAGCCCGGGCCGGGGACCCCUCAAACUGGAGGCCUGGAGCCCGGGGCCAGGGCCUGUCCCCUCAGCGGGCAGCAGCCCCCUGCAGGGGCUCAUGAACUGCCUGAAGGAGAUCCUGGUGCCCCUGCCGCCCACGGCCACCCGCAGCGCACGGCCCCUCGGCCCCACGUACUCCAGCAGGACGGAGCCAGGGUCUGGGAGCCCCCCUGGGGGAGUUCCAGGGCGCCCGCAGGCCGGCGUGGCCAGCCCAAGCCCAGAGAAGCCAGUGGCCUGUGCCCGCCAAGCUGAGCCCAGGACCCCGCCGGCCCCCACACUGCCCCCUGUAGUGGGCCGCAAGGACCCGGGACCACCGGCCCGUGAUGGUGGCGUCUUCCCUUUGCCUGUUGUGAAGACCGAGGCUGCACCCGUGGACUGUCCCCUGCGGGGGCUGCUGAACUGUUUGCGGGAGCUCCCUGAGGCCCAGGGCAGGCGCCCGCUGCCGUCGGAAGAACCCGGGGCCUGGAGGAGGAACGCUGGAGUUCUGAAAGGGGGCACGGGCCAUGGGGGGCUUCCCGCAGGCCUGGGCCCCCCCGCGCCCCCCGCCGGAGCUGGGCUGUCCGUGGUGAAGGUGGAGGGCGGCUGGACCGCGAGCCCGCCCGUGCCUGCGUCCUGUCGGCUCAGCAGACAGAGCCCCUCGGCCGCCAGCAGCCCAGGGGGCCGUGUGGCCCCAGCCGGCAGUGCCUCGAGCUCGCCCCUGGACGCCCUGGAGGCCUGUCUGAAGGGCAUUCCCCUGAGUGGCUCGUUACCUCCCCAGCCGCCCGCCGCCUGGUUCCCGAGCCCCCCACCAGGAGCCCCCGGGUCUCCACGGCCCGAGCUGCUGCCCCGAGGAGCACGCGGGGAAGAGCUGACCGCCUCCCCGGCCCUGGGCCUGCAGACCCUUGCGCGGGACGGCCCCCUGGGCACCCCCACCAGCUUCUCCUCCUCCAGCAGCACCGACGGGGACCUGGAUUUCCAGAGCCCCGAGGGCAGCCAGGGUCGCCUGCCCGGGAAAGGAAGCCCGGUGGGUAGCUCCCCGCUCCAGGGCCUGGAGAACUGUCUCCGCGACAUCCCCGCGCCCAGGCUGCGGCCGGCCUGGUCCUGGUCCUCGGCGGCGGCGGACAGGGCACCCCGGAGAGCAGAGCCCAGGAACUGGGGCGCAGACAGGGAAGGAGCAAGAGGUGAGGCCGGCGAGGCAGCCCAUCUCGCCCAGCGAGCCCGGGACCCUCCCCCCAGGAGCCUGCGGCCGGCCAGCCCGCCAGCCCUGGUCCCCGCCUGCUGUCCACGCGGCGCCAAGGAGCCCGGGGUCCCGCGGGGGCUGCCGUGGAGGUGGCCGCCGGAAGGGGCGCCCAGCCGGCCGUCCCCACUCCGCUGCCUGGAGAACUCGCUGAAGGGGAUCCUGCCCGGGCGGCCGCUGCGCUUCGCCUGCCUGGCGGGGCCCAGCCCCAGCCCCAGCCCCGGCUCCAGCUCCAGCUUCAGCAGCUCCGAGGAGGAGCCGCGCCCCGAGCCUGCGCCCUGGCCGCCCCGCCUGCAGGGGGCGGCACCGCCGCCGCCCCGAGACCCGGGCGCGGGGCCGGCCCCCACCCAGCCCCGGGGGACCCCGGAGGACCCGGCGGGGCUGCCCAGCAGCCAGGGCCCAGGCCCGCCGUCACCCACCAGCCACAGCCCCACGGACGGCCCCGGGGGCGCAGGACCCGCCGAGCACAGUGCGCUCGGCACAGCCGCCCACCUGGAGACGCGACCGGAGCCCGGACCUGCGCACCAAGGAUCCACGGCCGCAGGACACACCACCACCAGCGGGAGGCCACCUCCUCCUCCGGGAAGCCCCCCGCCACCCUCGACCGGCGCCCGGCCGCCGUGCCCGUGCGCGGGCAGCCUGCAGCAGGAGCUCCGCGGCCUCAGCACCGCCCUCUCCGAGAAGCUGGAGCGACUGGCCGCCGCCCUGGCCGGCCUGUCCCAGGAGGUGGCCGCCGUGAGGACGCAGGUGGAGCGGCUAGGGCGGCAGCCACGGGCCCCGGCUCCCAAGACUCGCGCGGCGUGGCGCGCGCCACGCUGGCCAGCGGGCCCAGGACACCGGCCGCUGCCCUACUGGAGACACAGGGGCCCCGCCCGGCCCAAGCCCCGGCUGCUGCGGGGCCCGGCCGGAGACUCGCCGGGCCUGUCCGCCAGCGGCCGGUUCCGCCUGGGCCCCCAGCUGCCCGCGGCCACCGCCCCGGGAGAGCCGCCGGGCCCCAGCGCCAGCCCCUCCGCCCAGCCCCCGCCUCCAGCGUGCGCCAGCGGAACGCACCCCUCCCUCGGACACCCCGGCGGCCCCCGAAGCCCCCCGCCGCCUUCGGUGCCUGCUGCCCCCCAGGUGCCCACGCCCGUGCCCCGCACAGACGCAGACCCGCCGGGCCCCGGCGACCUGCUGGCCGGCGUCCAGAGGGCGCUGCAGGCCGAGCUGUGGGGUAGCGAGCCCCUGGCCCUGCGCUGGGGGUCGCCGGCCCACCGCCUCCACCUGCGCGGGGCCGCAGAGGACGCAGCCCCUCCACGGGGCCACCUGACUCCCGGCCCCGGCCGAACCUUCCCGGUGUCAGGGCCGUAAGGUCACCCCAGGACACUGCCAUCACCUCAGGGAGGCCCCGUGGUGGGGUCUUCUGGGCUCAGGUUCCUUGAAUGUCCCCGGCCCGGCUGCAUUGUCCAUUAAAGAAGCUGGUCGCUGAGGGAACAAAGCUCGUGUCUGCGGCUGUCA